AUGAUCUCAUCAACUCUCGAAUUCGCCCAAGAGCAGCUUCUCCAACACACAGCUCGUACCUCUCUCAUCCUCCUCUUCCUAAUCCCCAUCCUCUACCUCCUCAGCAACGAGAUCCUCCGCUCCAAAGCCCGCCUCCCCUCCUUCCCCGGCCCCCGCGGCCUCCCCCUCAUCGGCAACAUCGCCGACAUCCGCCUCAACGCCGCCGAAAAAUACCGGCAAUGGACCAAAACCCACGGCGCCGUCUACCAGAUCCAACUAGGCAACAUCCCCGUCAUCGUCGUCAACUCCGCCGACGCAGCCAAAGCGGUCUUCGGCCAGAACUCCCAGGCCCUGAGCUCCCGCCCCAUCUUCUACACGUUCCAUAAAGUCCUCUCCAACACAGCAGGGACGACGAUCGGGACGAGUCCGUUCUCCGAGAGUCUGAAGCGACGGAGGAAAGGCGCUGCGUCGGCGUUGAACAAACCCAGCGUCGCGACGUAUGUCCAGCACCUCGAUAUCGAGACCCUCGCGUUCGCGAGGGAGGCCUUCAAGUAUGGCGACGCUGGCCGGAAAGCUGUGGAUCCGAUGCCGUUGAUUCAGCGUCUCUCACUUAGCUUGUCUUUGACGCUCAACUGGGGCACGCGCAUGGGCGAUAGCGAGAACGCGCUCUUUCACGAAAUCACCGAGGUCGAGGAGGAGAUUUCGAGGUUCCGGAGCACGACGGGGAAUUUACAGGAUUAUAUUCCGUUGUUGCGACUCAACCCCUUCAGUUUCGGCACGCGGAAAGCGGCUGAGAUGCGGAGGCGAAGGGAUGUAUACCUCACAAAGUUGAAUAAAGACUUGGAUGAUCGGAUGGAGAAGGGCACGCACAAGCCGUGUAUCCAGGCGAAUGUGAUUCUGGAUAAGGAGGCGAAGUUGAACAAGGAGGAGUUGACAAGUAUCAGUUUGACGAUGUUGAGUGGCGGGUUGGAUACGGUGACGACGCUGAUGCAGUGGGCGAUUGCGUUGUUGGGGCAGCGGCCGGAUGUGCAGAGGAAGGCGAUUGGGGAGAUUAGGAAGAUAUAUGGUGAGGAGAGGAUGCUUUGUGAUGAAGAGGAUGAUAUGGAGUGUGCUUAUGUUAUGGCUUUGGUGAAGGAGUGCUUGAGGUACUACACCGUCCUCCGUCUCGCCCUUCCGAGAGCGACAGUCCGGGACAUCACCUAUCAAGGCAAACUCAUCCCAGCCGGCACAACGAUCUACCUCAAUGCAUGGGCCUGCAACAUGGACUCAAACGUAUGGGGUCCAGACGUAGAGGAGUUCAGACCAGAGCGCUGGCUAGAGCAGCCUGACGCCCCAUUAUUCACCUACGGCCUUGGAUACCGAAUGUGCGCUGGCUCGCUCCUCGCAAACCGAGAGCUCUACCUCGCCUUCAUGCGGAUGCUCAGCUGCUUCGAGAUUGUCAGCCACGGCGACGUAGAUGUGCAUCCUGUGCGAGGCUCGAGCGACCCUACAUCUCUGGUGACAAUGCCCCAUCGAUAUCAGGUGUACUUCAAGCCGAGGAAUGAGAAAGUCCUCAGAUCAAUCAUCGAGGAGAAGGAAGCGGCAAAGGUCUUUGCCUAG